AGCACAACGAAGAAGAGGCCGCAGCAGCAGUUGCAGGAAAGGCGACGAAGAAGAAGAAUGACAAUAAUGUCGAACGGAAAAUAGAUUGGCCGGAGUCUGUGUAACGAACGUUAAAAUAACCCGUUUACCUCGAAGUAUUGCCAUCGAACAUAGCUGCAUUCUAAUCGCUAAAGUAUGACAGAGCCUCAGUCAGCGCUGUUACUCAGGAGACAGCUUGCAGAGCUGAACAAAAACCCAGUUGAGGGAUUCUCAGCAGGCCUGAUUGAGGAUGAUGAUCUCUACAGAUGGGAAGUUCUCAUCAUUGGUCCUCCAGAUACGUUGUAUGAAGGUGGUGUGUUCAAAGCUCAUCUGACAUUUCCCAAAGAUUACCCUCUCAGGCCACCUAAAAUGAAAUUUAUCACAGAUAUUUGGCACCCGAAUGUUGACAAGAAUGGAGAUGUAUGUAUUUCUAUUUUGCACGAGCCCGGUGAGGACAAGUAUGGUUAUGAGAAACCAGAGGAGCGUUGGCUGCCUAUCCACACAGUGGAAACCAUCAUGAUAAGUGUAAUUUCUAUGUUGGCUGAUCCAAAUGGAGACUCACCGGCUAACGUGGAUGCUGCAAAAGAGUGGAGGGAGGACAGAAAUGGUGCAUUCAAAAGGAAAGUUGCCCGCUGUGUACGGAAAAGCCAAGAGACUGCGUUUGAGUGAUGUUAGCAAGAAUCUAGCUUCAUGUUUCAGGGUCUUAAUUGAAAAUCAAGAUGGCACUGUUUCCUGAACUCUUCCACCCACCGGGCUUAAUUGCCUUUGUUUUGGCAGGAACAGAAUGGCUAUUGUAGGCUACAGCUGAACAUAAUGAUGACUACCAAGGCUGAGAAAACACCAAGCAAGUGCCAACUCCAAAUAAGUAAAACAAACCCAGAAGAUGAUAAAACAUUUUUCAAGUCUAUGAACUGCUCCAACUUUCAGGAAGAUAUUGUAAAGACAUGUAUAUAGCACAGACUAAACUGGAUAAUAUAUAAGCUCCCUUUCCAUCCAUGAAGACUAGACCAAAUGGAUAGCGCUGGUUCACAUAGAAUUUUAUCCACUCUCCCUCUCUCCACUCCAGCAUGCAUUAGUUCUCUUCAGAUUGUUUUAUCAGAAUGUCUUAAAUGGAGAAUCGUGAUCCUGUUGGACGGAUGUCACCUGUGAAGAAGAGAUGAUUCAAGUAAGACAUACAUAAUGUGACUGAUGAAGGUUUUUUUUUCCGUCGUAGUUUACAAAGCUGUUCUCUCAACAAUGUACCUGAAUCAUUUAGUUUGUCCUCGUCUCUUGUAAGUCUUACCAUCUUGACCAGUUGACUUGAGAAAGGCAUACAAGGCACACCUUACAUACCUUUAUGUGCAUGCUAAAUUUUGUUUAUCUUUUUCAAAAGUGCCUCCUAAUAAAAUGCUUGGCCACUUCACCCUGCAUUGAACAAGUGUUAAUAAUGUGGAAAAAGAGGGAGACAUUGUGUACCUACACUAUGUUGGAUUUUACUGAUUAGCCAGUACACAAGAUAUCAUGGAUUGGUAACAUUUUGGUGUAGCAAUAAUCCCCCUAGUAUGAAGUUUCCCCUGUUAAUUUUUCAUAUCCUGAUAAAAUUUGAGGUCCUCCUCUUUAAUAUUCUGUUAUUUUAGCAGCCUCUCUUUUCCUUAUCUGUGUUGUCCUUGGUAAGAAUUGUUAUGCAUGCGUUAGGUUAUUUUUUUUUUUUGCUUUGUAUUUUGCGGAGUGUUUCUGGGAUUACUUUGAGGGGUUGUGUAUACAGUAUGCUUGCCCAUUUUGUUUUAUCAUGCCCUGCCCUGACCCACAGUCUCAUGAUUAUUCUGCUUACUGAACUAUAGCAGUUUGGCCUAAUGUACAAAGACAAAAUACUGGUGUAUAUUUUUCAUGUUAUGAAACCUGUUACCUGUAGUGAGAUCUUCUAAAACAUGACUUGUUUUUUUUUCCAAUA